GCGCGCCCUGCGGCCGCGGGGCGGCUCGCGAGCGCACCGCGGGCGCCGGUGCCAGCGAGGCGUUCGCGGAGGCGGCCCCACGCCGCGGCGCGCCCGCGGCGAGGACGGUGCGCCCGAGGCCCGGAGCCCGCCGCUGGCGCUGCAGUCCGCGGAGGUCGCCGUGCUGACGGCCGCCGUGGCCGCGGUGCUGGAGGCCUGGUUCGUGGCCAGCGGCGGCGCGGGCGCGCCUGUGCCGGUGAUUGCGGCAGCGGGCCUGUCCUGGGAGCUCGCUGUGGCGCAGGUGGCGAUCGCUGUGCUGGACUUCCUGUCUACAGCCGUGGGCGUGUACGAGGUGGUGCUGGUGCUCUUCUUCCUGCUUGUGGCGGCGCAGAGUCUUGCCGAGGUCUCUGGCGGCGGGCCUGGGAGGUCCAAGGGCGUGGACCUGUACGCCCCGGGGAGGCUGCUCGCCGCCCUGUGCGAGCCGUACCUGCGGCUCAUCUCCGGCCUGGUGCCCCAGAGACAGCGCAGCACCAGCCACGCCAGCAUCACGAAGGCGUUGAGCAACUUCGUCAAGCUGGACUCCUCGAGCCGCGACCUGGACCUGGACCACCGACUCCACAUGGCCAGGAGACAUCCUCACAGCCCGUAACAGGGGCACAUGAUCGACGGCGGCAGCGACCACCACGCGAUCGCCCCGAACCAUCAAUUGUACGGGCCCUACAUCAUCACGAAGGCCCCCUCGCGGAGCGAGGGGGAUGAGAUGAACACCUACCAGUGACUACAGGCCCGGG